AUGCCUGAAUCUGGUAAACCAGCAUUGGGAGAACUGGCUGCUCCAGCCGCAAGUGGCUUUUUUGGAACAAAUUUCCAAAAGCCUGCUUUUAAGCCCUUGUUGUUCGUACCAGCAGGUCAACAGAACGAAAUUAUGGCCAAAGUCAUCUGGUGGGUCGAUGCUGCUUGCCACGAGAGACUCCCUAAAGGAGGCAAUCACUGGUGCCUUUAUCUUCGUGUUGGAGAGAAUCUUUCAGUAUGCAUCGACAUCACGCCGUCCUACACCGUACCCAGUACCUUAAUUCCCGGCGGCUCAAAGGCCAACAUGAUUGUUAGUCUUCUGGAUUAUGCCAUCUCCCCUUCGGCUCAGAAGAUUGUGAAGUUUGAUGUUAUGCACGGCACGAAAGUAGGCGAAUUUAUUGACCUCUUUAUCCAACACGGCCGCCACAAAUAUGAGUUCAACUCCGAGGGCCAAGGGUGCAGGUAUUGGACUGAUGACCAAAUAAAUCUUCUCCAUCAAUAUGGACUCUUGGUGAACCAAACUCAAAUCCAAGCGGCCAAAGCAGCUAUUCUCACCCAGUGGCCUGAUGAAAAGUACUACCCUCUUGUGCAAGGAGGCUACCAGUGA